GAGCCCCAGUUGAGUAAUUUCCUAACAUAAGGCUUGUGGCUCGAUUCUUGAAUUCAUUCGCAAGAGAGAGAGAAACGUAUUCGCAAAUUCUGUUCUUAGAGAAAAGUUGGAAGUUUAGCUAUCGUAUGGCUUUUUAAUGAAUAAACUUUCAACUUUUCUGUUAGAGUGAGUAUUUGCGCAUACGUUUCUCUUGCGAAUGAAUUCAAGAAUCAAAUCCCAGGCCUAAUUGGUCUAAAUUUAGAGAUCUAACAAUAAGGACCAAUGAUCACUGACCGCUCACUGAUCACUUGUGCAAAGAGUUUCAAAUUCCUCUGUUAAGAUGCAGUUUGAUCAUUGAUGGAACGACAUUCAGAAUCGUGAUACUUUGUCCCUGGAAGAACGGAAAUCUAAACGGGCUACAAGCAGCUACAAGACGUUCAGAAGCUAUUGAGACAACGUAAUGUCUUACGCAAUAUUUGUGUUAAUUUAAAAAGAAUCACGCAUUUGUUAUUGUUGACGCGACUAGCCGUUAACAACAGGUCAUAAUGGACAGAGAAGAAAUAUGUCAGUACUUUAUCAGCAUUAUUAAAAAUGAGAAAGACAUUUCCGCUGGCAUGGCUGCCAUUCGUACUUUACUCAAUGUAUUGAAACAUUCUAAAUCGGAAACAGUUCAAGAGCUUCGGGUCUGUUUACAAGAGGCAAUUGAUGCUAUGCGUUCCACAGAAACUCCAGUCACUGCAAUUGCCUCAGGAAGCGAAUUGUUUCUCCGUUUUAUUACAUUAGCAACACUGGAUACACGGUCAAUAGCAGAGUGCAAAGGAAUCAUGUUGGAAAGAGGCAAAGUAUUCUAUGACAAAUUAGUUGCAGCACGAGGGAAAGUAGCCAAGGUAGCAGCACACUUUAUUACUGAUGGCUCGACAAUACUCACACAUUCAAAAUCGAGAGUAGUGCUGCAGGCAAUGAAGGAAGCUGCAGCGAGUAAGAAAAUAUUUGAUGUGUAUGUCACGUCAACAUCACCCGACAACAACGGAGAAGAGAUGUGCCAGAGUUUAAUAAAAUUGGGAAUAUCGUGUACAGUGAUAUUGGAUUCCGCAGUGGGAUAUGUUAUGGAGCACGUAGACAUGGUGAUGGUCGGAGCAGAAGGUGUCGCGGAAAGCGGCGGUGUGAUCAAUAAGAUAGGUACAUAUACAAUGGCCAUAUGCGCGAAAGAGAUGAAGAAACCAUUUUACGUACUGACAGAAAGCUUCAAAUUUGCAAGAAUUUAUCCUUUAAAUCAAGUAGAUUUACCUAAUGAAUUUAAGUAUACAUCCAGUACUUUAAACAAGAAUUUGAAAAAGGAGCAUCCUUUGGUAGAUUAUACUCCGCCUCAUUACAUCAGCCUAUUGUUUACGGAUUUGGGAAUUCUAACACCGUCGGCCGUUAGUGACGAACUCAUUAAAUUGUACUUGUAAUUAUCAAGUGACAAGUUUUUUAAAUUCUAUGAGUGUCACAUAAUACAAUGGAACACUACUCGGAUAUUUGAGUCUUAUCUAUACCUGAAGGUGUAAAGACUAAGACUAACAAGGGAACCUCGCAAACCCGAAAAUUCUGAUUUUAAUAAAACAUGGUAUAAAUGUAGAGAUGGUAAAUACAUAAAUUUAGAAAUUUUUAGUUGCUGCUUAUAAACGAUUUAAAGGGUUGAAAUCAUUCUACAAAAGUUGAGGGUUUUUGCUUUUUCUCGAUAUACUCUUAUCUCUUAAACUAAACAAAAUAUCAAAAGAUGUUUUAUACAAAAGUUUUACAGUAAAUACUUCUAUUUACCUAUGCUGUUUAUUUUUUGAAAACGAAUUUACGAGAACUCUUUAAAUCGUUUAUAAGCACCAACUAAAAAUUUCUAAAUUCAUGUAUUUACCCCCCUCUACAUUUAUGCCAAGUUUCAUUACAAUCGGAAUUUUCGGGUUCGCGAGGUUUCCUUGUAAGAUAAAGUGUUGAAACAUCUGUUGUACUUUUGUAAAAGACUAUUAUAUAAUCUUUAUUAAUUUAUUAUACAUGAUAUUGAGUAUCAUGUGUAUGUAUACACACACACACACACACACACACACACACACACACACACACACACACACACAUAUAUAUAUAUAUAUAUAAUAUACAUAUGGAAACAAGAUAAAUGCCUUUCAUAUAAUUGCACGUGAAAGAUAACAAGUAAUAAACUGUGUCUAUACGAAGAUUACAUCAUGUUAAAACAACACAUUAAAACAGACUUCUUCAUAAUGGAGUGUUAUGUAAUCUAUACACAUAAAAACUGCUUAUAAUUGCGUGCAAUAUGUAACAUGGUGUCGUUUAAACAAAAUUACAAGAGAAACAGAAACGUCUAAAUUACAAGAAUCUUGAAUUAUUAACUUUGAAACAGCGUUAAACGUUAUAACCGUUUUAUACACUCUACAAAUGAAUACAAGCAUUUACAUAUCAUUUUUUUCCGCCAUGAUUAUAUAUUACACAAUAAAUUUAUGAAUAUAAGAUUAUAAGAAAAAUGCGACAAAAUUUCUUACAAUUGAGAUAUAUUGCAAGAUUCUUAAUUCUACUUUUUUCUCUCUUUAAUGGCUUAUAGUAAGACUAAAAUAUUCUUUGAAGAUUUGAAGUUAACAAUAUUAGUCUUUUCAUAUUUCGCGUGUUUUUUUAAUGAGAUUCUAUACUAUAAAUUGUUAACUAUGAAUGAAUAUGAUAUACGUAUAUAUAUUGUUUAAAUAUCUUCUAUAUCUUUCAAUGCUGAAAAUCCUUAUUAGAAAUUAUAGAUAUAUGUGAUCGUAUAUUUUAUGUACAAAAUCUUCGAUAUCUUCAGUGUGCUUUUGAUUUUCAUGAAAAAUGAUAAAUUUUAUAAUACACUAGA